GUCGGCUUGGGAACCAUGCUCCCCGGAAGAGGAGGAGCACAGUCCCAGGACUGGCAUUUGGACAUGCAGCUGGCAGGCAAGGUGGUGCUGUCGGCCGCCGCGCUGCUCCUGGUGACCGCAGCCUACAGGCUGUACAGGUUGAGGCCCGCCCGGGCCCCGCUGGGGGACAGGAACUCCAAGGCCGAGGAGAAGGCCGAGGGCUCCGGGCAGCCGGCGGACCCGGGGGCUGUUCCUGGGGCACCACACCGGGCUCUGAGACGCCGGAGGGGAAGCCAGGGGGCCGGAGCGCCGCUGGGCUGUGACCGGGAAAGUCAGGGGGGCUCCCGAGUCCCGGCAACAGGACGCUCUCCCGAAGUCGCAGAAGCCCAAGAGGCUCGGGAGCGCGAGAAGAAGGGCGCCGGUGUGGAAGCGGGUGGGCAGGGCCUUGUCUCUGAGCUGGCACCCCCUCGCUGCAGUGGCCAGGAAGCCGGAACAGCUGUUGGCGGUAAGCCCGAGCCGCCCCACCACCCCACUGUGGGCGAUGAAUUCCAAAGCUCCCCACUUGGCCUCGCUGCGGCAGAGGGGAGCAGGGUGGGCCGGGCGCCCACUCCAUGGCGGGACGGCGGACCCCCGGGACAGCCGGGGCUCGGGGAGCAGGAGUCCCCCGCCACGAGCCUGAUGGCCCACACGGAAGGCGAGAGUGACACGAACAGGAGCUGGGUCUUUCCUCGCAACAGGGGGGUCCACGGGGAAGAGGCCGGGGCCCUUCAGGCGGCCGUGGACAUGGGCCUGACCCUGCACCAGCGGGAGGGAGCCGCCAGUGCCUCUUAUACCUACUCGUCUGUGUCCCGGGUUCGCGUGGAGGAGAACUUCAUUCCUGAGAAGGUGGAGCGGAUGGGGCCCAGGCUGAAGGGCAAGGUGUACGAUUACUAUGUCGAGUCCACUUCCUGGGCCACCUCCAAGGGCCGGCUGGCCCCCAGGACAGCCGUCCCGGCUGAAGCUCCACUCCCCGGGCCCCUGCCAGGCGCCGCCCCGGGAACAGAGGCCGCUUCAGGAGGCCGGGAAGGUGGAGCCGAAACGCCCACCUCCUCCCAGCCGGGGCCGUCGCCCCCCACGCAAGGCUUCGGCAGGAAGGAGAGCCUCGUCCGGAUCAUGGAGAACCCGGAGCUCCAGCUCCAGCUCGAGGGCUUUGGGGCCCCCGCUCUGUCCUGCCCAGACCAGAGCGCCCCGCCUGGCCACCCCCUUCCCCAGGCUUCUCUUGGGUCCAGCUCGGCCGGAAGCAGCCGGGAGGCCCACGUGCAGCUCGUGGCGGGGACCAACUUCUUCCACCUCCCGCUGGCCCCCGGCUCAGCGCCAGACGUGCACCUGGAUCUGGGCAACUGCUACCAGGUGCUGACCUUGGCCAAGAAGCAGAAGCUGGAGGCGCUGAAGGAAGCGGCCUACAAGGUGAUGAGCGACAACUACCUCCAGGUCCUGCGCAGCCCGGACAUCUACGGGUGCCUGAGCGGGACGGAGCGGGAGCUGAUCCUCCGGCGCCGCCUGCGGGGCCGCGAGCGCCUGGUGGUGGCGGACGUGUGCCCCCAGGAGGGCUCCGGCCGUCUCUGCUACUACGACGAGGCGCAGGACGCCUGGCACCCGCUGGCCCGCCUGCCCCCCGAGGCGGUGUCCCGAGGCUGUGCGCUCUGCAGCCUCUUCAAUUACCUCUUCGUGGCGUCCGGUUGCCGGGGGCCCGGGCACGAGCCCUCCAACCGCGUCUUCUGCUACAACCCGCUGACCGGCAUCUGGAGCGAGGUGUGCCCGCUGAACCAGGCCCGGCCGCACUGCCGGCUGGUGGCCCUGGACGGCCACCUGUACGCCAUCGGCGGCGAGUGCCUGAACACGGUGGAACGCUAUGACCCGCGCCUGGACCGCUGGACCUUUGCGCCGCCGCUCCCCAGCGACUCCUUCGCCCUGGCGCACACGGCCACGGCGUGUGCGGGCGACGUCUACGUCACGGGCGGCACCCUGCGCUACCUGCUGCUCCGCUUCUCGGCCCGGGAGCAGCGCUGGCGGGCCGGCCCCACGGGGGGCGGCAAGGACCGCACGGCCGAGAUGGUGGCCGUCAACGGCUUCCUCUACCGUUUUGAUCUCGACCGCCGCCUGGGCAUCAGCGUCCACCGCUGCAGCGCCAGCGCCCGCCUCUGGUACGAGUGCGCCACCUACCGCACCCCGUACCCGGACGCCUUCCAGUGCGCCCCGGUGGGCGACCUCAUCUACUGCGUGGGGCGCUGGCGCUCGCUCUGCUUCCUGGCCGACCACAUCUCGCCCAGGUUUGUGCCCAAGGAGCCACGGAGCUUCCCCUCCCCGCGGGGCACCCUCCUGCCCGCCGUCCUGACCCUGCCCGUCCCCGACGCGCUUCAGACCAGGGUCUAGCUACCCACCCCCGCCCCCCACCCCCCCGCUGGACUUCUGCUGCCAAACUGGAAGCAAAAAGCACCCUGCCCGCCACUCCGUGAGCCAUCUCUGGGCCAGCAGGCAGCUCGGGAAUUCCACCCGCGUGAGGGGAAUGCUAACCCUACCCCCUCCGCUGGCCGGGGCCUCGGAUGCGUCUUUGCUGUCCGCGGGGUGCGCAGGCGCCGUGUGAAAAUAGAACCAGGGCCCGGCGUUGCUGAGGGCAGCACCGUGUGCGGGGAUGAGUGUCA